AUGUACCCAUCUCCCAGCAUAUACUUGUCGCACGACGAGAAUUGCUACACAUUCGAACAGCUCUUCGCCUUGACACGCCUUGGGCACAAGUAUCAGAUGGAUGUCGUCGAACGCCAAGCUGUUUCCUGCUUGAAGCUGCUCUUUACCGACGAUUUCGAGCAGUGGAAAGAUGGCAAUGCUCCUUUCGAAACGAAUUACGCACAUGGAAUCGGCGUUGUCCAGCUCGCGAGGCUAGCCAACAAUCCUGGCAUGUUGCCUGUGGCGCUGUAUCUUUGUUCCUUAGAUGCAAGUGUUCUCGCCCACGGUUGGACCCGCGCAGACGGAACGGUCGAACGUCUCGAACGGUGCAUCGAUGGUUACGGAAUACUCCGAGAAGAAACCAGCACCGUUCUCGCUCGGAUCUUCCAGUUCGCCAGUAGCUGGGAAUGCACUGCCCCUAACUCCUGUGAAGUAUGCCUGGCGGAAUUCCAUGCGCUGGCGAGCGCUUCUUCGGAGCGACACACCCUCUUGCAUUCCUGGGAGGACAUGUAUGACGAGUGGACGGAGUCAAGCCAUGUCACGCUCUGCACCGCAUGCAUGGAGGCUCUGUGUGAGCGGGAGAAAGAGCAGCGCUGCGCCAUUUGGCGUAGGCUUCCUAAGAUCUACGGCUUACCAGUUCCGGAUGGCUGGGAAACAGCAUAG